UUUUACUCUAUUUUCAAUUUGAUCAAAUAUUUUUCAAAAUCAAACUGUUGUCUCAUUCGUUUACUUGAUGAACACGAUCGUGUUUUUACGUUGGUUCCUCUGUAUCCGAUGGUGAACAUCAGUGUUUGGACGACGAAUUGUUGACAGUAGUAAAUAUUGAUGUAUUAAAAGAGAUUUCUGAAUAUGGUCGAGGAUAAAAAUCAGACUCACGAAUUAUCGUCUCAUGAGGCCGAAUUGUACGAUAGACAGAUUCGAUUAUGGGGCUUAGAAUCACAGAAACGUUUGCGAACGGCUAAGGUUCUUUUGAUAGGUUUAAAUGGUUUCGCAGCGGAGAUAGCGAAAAAUAUUAUUCUGGCAGGCGUCAAUGCAGUCACGUUUCUCGAUCACAGAAAUGUAACAGUGGAAGAUUCAUGUUCACAAUUUUUGGCAUCCAAAGAAUCCUUGGGCAAGAAUAGGGCCGAAGCAUCUUUAGAAAGGGCACAAAGUCUAAAUCCAUUGGUUUGCCUCAAAGCAGACACGUCUAACGUCGACGAUAAGACAGAUGAGUACUUUAGCAAUUUCGAUUUAGUCUGCGCGACGCAGUGUACUAUCUCCCAGCUAAAGAAAAUUAAUCUAGCCUGCAGAAAACAUGGUGUCAAAUUUUUUGCUGGCGAUGUUUGGGGAUCUAUAGGGUACACUUUUGCCGAUUUAAUGACUCACGAAUAUGCAGAGGACGUGAUACAAACAAAGAAAAUGCCAGUUAUAGAUAAUGAUCCCGUGCCUAAAGAGAAAUUUGUUAAUAUUACUGUGACGGAGAAACAUGUAGAUACUUUUGUGCCUUUCGAAUCAGUAUUGAACGUUACAAAAUCCUCGAUUCCCAAAGAGUCUGAAAUAUAUUACAUGAUGCUGAUAAUGCUCAAUUACCGUGAAAAGUAUGGGAAUGAUCCACUACCUAGUGAAAGGGAUUCCGAGAACUUUAAACUCGAAGCUACAGCCAUCAUUAAGAAAUACGAUCUCGAGGAUAAAAUAAAUCAUUUAGUAGCGGGUGACGUGUAUGCACAAAUCAGUCCGAUCUGUGCUAUCGUUGGAGGAAUUAUGGGGCAGGAGAUAAUUAAAACUGUCUCGAAGAAAGGUGCUCCGCUCAAUAAUCUGUUCCUGUUUAAUCCAGACACGUUGUGUGGAAAGAUAUUGAGAUUGGGUGACCGCUCGUAAAAUCCGAUACAUUGUGCGGGCAGCUAAGGCGAAUUCAACGCGUCGAGACGCACGGCGAGGGCACGCGAUUGGCGACGGAAUGAAAGGAUUGACCCCGUGAAACGUCCGACCUCCUACUUCACCCGACCCACGGCCUUCCAGGAAGCAUCGAUUCAUCAUGGUGUAAGAUCAUAGACUGCGCGAUGUAGCUGCGUUGAAAGAUAAGAAAGCCGAGUACGACCAAGUCGUGGUUAAAACGAAAGAUGCGCAAAAGUUAACGUCGAUAGAGCUAGAGGACGAAGUAAUUAGAAAUACAUUUAAAAAAUUGAUACGAUAUUAAGAGACGAUCGAUCAUUUAGAUGCGACGGUUGAGCACGGAACUGAUCAAUGCUGCAGGCAAGCUCUCCGAGUUGGAGAAGAUCGUUGAAAAAGUACAGGAACCUAUCUCUCCCGUGGGAACGCCAACGGUCCGGCGGUUCACCGAUUGUCAUUAAGCCGUAGUUGAUUUUCAGUACAAG